AUGGUUGGCAAGGAGAGGAAAAAGGCAUUUAGAGAAAUCACGGAUAAGCUAAGAGGGCGAAUACAACAUUGGAGUGGCAGGAUGCUAUCAAAGGGUGGAAAAGAGGUGUACAUGAAAGCAGUGUCGCAAGCGACGCCUAUGUAUGUUAUGAGUGGUUUCCUUUUGCCGAAAGGACUUGUGAUGAAAUUAAUAGCAUACUUAGCAGAUUUUGGUGGAGUUCGAAGGUUGAUAGAAGAAGCAUUCAUUGGCUGCAGUGGGCGAAGAUGUGUCAAAGCAAAGCCUGUGGUGGGAUGGGUUUUAGAAAUAUGCUUUAUGGAAGCUGAUUUGGGGGUUAAUCCCUCUCUCACUUGGCAGAGUGUUUGGGCGGCAAGGAAGGUGCUAGAAAUGGGGUUAAGAUGGAGAGUUGGUGAUGGUACCAAAAUCAGAAUCUGGAAUGAUACCUGGGCAAAAUCUGGGCAAAGAUUAGAGUCAUGUAGAGAUAUGGUUUUGGGGGCACGGUAUGAGAGGGGUUCUGAGUUGAUAGACCAUAACAAUAGGAGGCGGAAGGAGUAG